AUGUUGCUGUUAGUAAAUGUGGAAAAACAUCAAGAAGUUCUAGGCAAAAUCGUUGCUGAUUUGGUCAAGUAUGGUGUCCCAAUAUCGUUAGUUGCUGGCCCAGAUGAGGUGUGCGCUCGAUGUUCGUUUGUGAAAGGAAAGCUAUCGGACACCAAAUUGUCUUCUGACUAUAUUUCUUCACUAACAACGACUCUCUCACAAGUCUCACAGCAAGAACAGAGCAGCAUGAGUGAAGUGAAAUCCGAACCAAGCGAGGAUCGUCUAGCAAUAGUGGAAAAUGAAAGCGAAAGUCCAAGUUCUUUAGCUACACCAACCCCGACACCAAUGAACGAGUUGGAUCAGGCGAUAAAGAGGGCUUUAAGCGUCACGAAUGCAUCCUUGCCACUUGUAGUUACGUUGCCUCUAGGCUUCUGUCCAACUACUUUCAAUAAGGAAACUUCACUGGACGACAGUAGGAUUGGUAGUGGUUGCGAUGAAGAAGAUCUGCGACUGCACAAUAAAACUCCAUCGGCGGUAAGCCUAGGAUCGUCCACGCUAUUGAGAGUUCCAAAUCUGCGUGCAGUGACAAACAUAGCUUGCACAAAUGUGCAGGAUCAACAAUCAUGCUCUGAGGAGAAGCCGAAAAUUGAUGACGUCUCUUCAUCAAAAAUGAGCAAAAAGAAAAGAGACCGUCCCUUAAGUCUAACGAAAAGCGGUACGGUACGAAAGGGUCGUAAAACAUAUACAGGAAACGAUUUACAAAUCCUAGAAGAAUUCUAUUUACGUGAUCCAUUCGCAUGUGCAAGUCCCGAUAAACGACAAGCGCUCUGCCAAAUGCUCAAUAUUGAUCCUUAUAGGCUCAAAGUCUGGUUUCAAAAUCGAAGAAGAAGAGACAAAGUGAACAUUGAAAAUCAGAGGAUGAAGGAAGCUUGA